UGGAAAUCCUAGUAAAAGAAUAACCCAGUUAUCUAGUACAUUCUGCUCUGCCAUCACUGAAAUUGUAGGAAAAUAAUGUAAUUUGUCCUUAAGUGUGCACAUGAAAAGGUUAAUUUAUGAAUCAUAAAUUAAUCAGUAAUGCCUGUAUAAUGCCUGUAUGUGUUUGUAACAUGUAUGACACUUUAUCCACAUCUAUACAAUUAAUUGAAUACAAAUAUCACUGAACUUGUGUUCAAAGAAUGUCUUGCCAUUUUCUCAGGAAACAAACUAAACUAAAAACACUACGACAUACCUGUCUGCCCAUUAAGCAUGUAAGUUGCAACAAAGACAUACAAAUGACUAUAAUGGAGCUUUAACAGUUAACAAUACAAAGUAUCUGAUGACACAGAAGUGGGUGUAGAUGUUUAUAUGGUUGCACACAACCUUCCAUAUUUAAAGAGACUCACCUGAGUAUCACGGGUCAUACUGCACGGCAGGGAGGACACCUGGAUCAACAACUCAGAGCGUUGGAGGAAGGUUUUCAUACAAUCUACUGGAUAACUAUAUGGCUCGAUCGACUCAACAGCAUGUCAACAUGACAUCACCACAUUCUCAUCCCAUGAUUUCGUUCAACGUUUUCCUUUCGUAAUGUUGUCCAGAGGGUGUUGAACAACCUACAUCAGUGAUCUGACAAAGAGCAAGUCCAACCUCAACCAUCACUCAUAAAACACUCAACAAUAUAAAUGAAUUCAUCGGAAUCAUCAUCAGAGACAGAGGACGAUAUGAGUCAACCCUUAUCAGGAUCUACUCAACACAGUGCUAGACCCUAAAAGUGACAGGAGCUCCACGUUAGAUAAUCAUCAGCACAACACAUUUAGAGGUUAUCUUCAAGAAUUCACCUCCUCUCUGAAGCUAGUGGACAUAUGGAGAUUACAGAACCCUAAUUUAAAACAAUUCACUUACUCUAAAAAUACUAAAACCUCAGAGUCUGGAUCUAGGUUAGACAUGUUCUUUGUGACAAGAUUCAUGCAGACACAAAACAUUACUCACAGCUGUAGAAUCCAUGAUAUCUGUGAGGUAAAAGGAAGAAAACAUGUUUCCGAUCACAAACCAGUCAUUCUGGAGCUCUACCUUCCUGCCAAAGCAGACAGUUCCACUCCCUCCACACUAGAAUGUAGAAAUACAGAGGUUCUGACAACGUUACCGGAGGAUCAAUACAAUGACAGAACAGGAAAAAUAUCUGGGUCUGAGAUAGUAAUGGCAAUAGAAUCUCUGACUGGCUCUGGACAACCAACACUUGGUACAAAACCUGACCUGAUAACAACCGAACGCUUAAAGCGGACAUAUAAUAAAGAACACAAAGCUUCAGAAAUGACAGCCAAUGAAGGGACGAUAUUUGCUAAAAUACUAGAAAGUCGUCUACAAAUGUACCUUCAGUUCUCAAUCAAAGAAAAGAACCGAGGUGAACCGUCACAGAGUUUGCCUUAUCUUGUUAAGUUGGACAUCGCAACCAAGAUUAAGAGAAACUUCUUGGAAGAAGUCCUUUUGUCCAUAAAGUGUUCUAAACCAUCUCCUAAAUCACCUGACCCUAUUAGCUUCACAUUUUUAAGGGAAGUGCUUUCUCGUGACAUUACCAACUGGUCAAAGUUGCUUCCAAUUGCCGAUCAUACUUUAGGUGACAAGAGACGGUUAAACCAUGACUGUCCUCUCACCCAAACUCGACUUGCCUUAUGCCUGAAGAAUUUACAAUACAAGAUUUAUGUUAAAACUAAGAUAACCAGUGUGUGGUACUUCAGACGGUGUUGUCUGAUACACAUGGAAGAAAAGGAAUUGCCAACUGUGACAGCUGUACUCCGUAAAUUCAGAGAAGACUCUGGGCUUAGUAUUACCACAGAGAUGAAACUAUGCUUUUGCCACCAGGCCACAAACCCAGAACAGUGAAUUAAGGUCAAACCCAGAACCAGUCCUGAAGAUCAUGUAUUAUAGUCAAACCCAGAACCAGUCCUAAAGAUAAUGUAUUAUAGUCAAACCCAGAACCAGUCCUAAAGAUCAUGUAUUAUAGUCAAACCCAGAACCAGUCCUAAAGAUCAUGUAUUAUAGUCAAACCCAGAACCAGUCCUAAAGAUCAUAUAUUAUAGUCAAACCCAGAACCAGUCCUAAAGAUCAUGUAUUAUAGUCAAACCCAGAACCAGUCCUAAAGAUCAUGUAUUAUAGUCAAACCCAGAACCAGUCCUAAAGAUCAUAUAUUAUAGUCAAACCCAGAACCAGUCCUAAAGAUCAUGUAUUAUAGUCAAACCCAGAACCAGUCCUAAAGAUCAUAUAUUAUAGUCAAACCCAGAACCAGUCCUAAAGAUCAUGUAUUAUAGUCAAACCCAGAACCAGUCCUAAAGAUCAUGUAUUAUAGUCAAACCCAGAACCAGUCCUAAAGAUCAUAUAUUAUAGUCAAACCCAGAACCAGUCCUAAAGAUCAUGUAUUAUAGUCAAACCCAGAACCAGUCCUAAAGAUCAUGUAUUAUAGUCAAACCCAGAACCAGUCCUAAAGAUCAUGUAUUAUAGUCAAACCCAGAACCAGUCCUAAAGAUCAUGUAUUAUAGUCAAACCCAGAACCAGUCCUAAAGAUCAUGUAUUAUAGUCAAACCCAGAACCAGUCCUAAAGAUCAUGUAUUAUAGUCAAACCCAGAACCAGUCCUAAAGAUCAUAUAUUAUAGUCAAACCCAGAACCAGUCCUGAAGAUCAUAUAUUAUAGUCAAACCCAGAACCAGUCCUAAAGAUCAUAUAUUAUAGUCAAACCCAGAACCAGUCCUAAAGAUCAUAUAUUAUAGUCAAACCCAGAACCAGUCCUAAAGAUCAUAUAUUAUAGUCAAACCCAGAACCAGUCCUAAAGAUCAUAUAUUAUAGUCAAACCCAGAACCAGUCCUAAAGAUCAUAUAUUAUAGUCAAACCCAGAACCAGACCUAAAGAUCAUGUAUUAUGGUCAAACCCAGAACCAGUUCUAAAGAUCAUGUAUUAUAGUCAAACCCAGAACCAGUCCUAAAGAUCAUGUAUUAUGGUCAAACCCAGAACCAGUCCUAAAGAUCAUGUAUUAUAGUCAAACCCAGAACCAGUCCUAAAGAUCAUAUAUUAUAGUCAAACCCAGAACCAGUCCUAAAGAUCAUGUAUUAUAGUCAAACCCAGAACCAGUCCUAAAGAUCAUGUAUUAUAGUCAAACCCAGAACCAGUUCUAAAGAUCAUGUAUUAUAGUCAAACCCAGAACCAGUCCUAAAGAUCAUGUAUUAUAGUCAAACCCAGAACCAGUCCUGAAGAUCAUAUAUUAUAGUCAAACCCAGGACCAGUCCUGAAGAUCAUAUAUUAUAGUCAAACCCAGGACCAGUCCUACAGAUCAUAUAUUAUAGUCAAACCCAGAACCAGUUCUAAAUAGCAUAUAUUAUCUGUAACUAACAUUUCAUCAGGUGAGAUCAUAAACCAUGAAAUAGGAG